GGUUUAGGGCUGCCCUUGGUCUCUCUCUACACCAGUCACCUGCCUGGGGACCUCUCUCUGCCUCAGGGCCUUUGUCCAGCCCUGCUGGUGCCUCCAAAAUCCUGGUGCCCGUCGCUGCCUCGGAGGGCUCCGAAGAUGUCCAACAGCAACACGGCACAGGAGUCCCUGGAAAUUAUGAAGGAAUCGGAAAAAAAGGUGGUUGAGGAGUCUGUGAACAAAACCAAAUAUGUAUCCAGGUCACCAAGCAAGGAGGAGGCGGAGAAGGACGGGGGGGAGGAGGUCAGCGUGCGCCAGGAGUCUCAGAGGCGAACGUCGAGCCACGGGCACGCCAGGAAAAGAGCCAAGUCCAAUUCAAAGCUUAAACUGGUCAGGAGUUUGGCUGUGUGUGAAGAGUCCUCGGGCCCCUUUGUGGAUGGGCUGCUGGAGUCCCAGGACAUCAUCCAGCUGCACGUGAGCUGCCCCUCGGACAAGGAGGAGGAAAAAUCCACGAAAGAUGGGGUGGAGAAGGAAGAAAAAGACAAGAACAAAGAAAAAACACCAAGGAAGAUGCUCUCUCGAGAUUCCAGCCAGGAAUACACAGACUCCACUGGAAUAGAUUUGCAUGAAUUUUUAGUAAAUACACUGAAAAAAAACCCACGGGAUCGAAUGAUGCUGCUCAAAUUGGAACAGGAGAUCCUGGAGUUUAUUAGUGAUAACAACAAUCAGUUCAAGAAGUUCCCUCAGAUGACCUCGUACCACAGGAUGCUGCUGCACAGGGUCGCUGCCUAUUUUGGGAUGGACCACAACGUGGAUCAGACUGGGAAGGCUGUCAUCAUCAACAAGACCAGUAACACACGAAUCCCCGAGCAGAGGUUCUCUGAGCACAUCAAGGAUGAGAAGAAUGCAGAGUUCCCACAGAGGUUUAUCCUGAAACGGGAUGACACCAGCAUGGAUCGGGAUGACAACCAGAUCAGACUCCCCUUGCAGGAUGGGAGAAGGAGCAAAUCCAUAGAAGAGCGAGAGGAGGAAUAUCAGCGGGUCAGGGAGCGGAUCUUUGCGCGAGAGUCUGGCCAGAACGGAUUCCUCACGGACAGCAGCAAGUGGCUGCUGACAGAGCUCCUCAGCAGAAUCCCCGGAGAUCAGCUGGGGAAAUGUGGGAGAUCAGAGGCAGAAUUGCCGGUCCCGGCGCUGCAGCCUGUUCCGUACUCUCCAAGCUCCUGCCCCCAAGUCCUCCUGCCAGUCUCUCCACCCCAGCAGUACAACCUGGCCGACGAGCUCAGCAGCCCCUUCGGGCAGAUCAGCCUCAGCCGACAGGGCUCGACGGAGGCCCCGGAUCCUUCCUCGGCGAUGUUCCAGUCGUCCCUCAUCUCCCAGCACCCUCAGCAGCCAGGAUUCAUCAUGGCAACCCCUGGGCAGCCCAUUCCCACCUCCAGCUACUCCGCCUCGGGGCACACGGCCCCCACUCAGCAGGUGCUGCAGCCCCAGGGCUACAUUCAGCCUCCCCAGCAAAUUCAGGUUUCUUACUACCCCCCCGGGCAGUACCCGAACUCCAGCCAGCAAUACCGACCCCUCAGUCACCCAGUGGCCUACAGCUCCCAGCGCCCACAGCAGCUCCCCCAGCAGUCCCAGCAGCCAGGUUUACAGCCAAUGAUGUCCAACCAGCAGCAAACAUACCAAGGUGUGAUGGGGGUGCAGCAGGCACAGCCCCCCGGGCUCCUCAACAGCCAGAGGAACAACAUGGGGGGCCAGAUGCAGAGCGUGAUGGGGGUGCAGCAGGCACAGCCCCCCGGGCUCCUCAGCAGCCAGAGGAGUGGGAUGGGGAGCCAGAUGCAAGGCCUGAUGGUCCAGUACACGCCGCUGCCUUCGUACCAGGUUCCCAUGGCCAGUGAGUCCCAGAGCGUGGUCCAGCAGCCCUUCCAGCAGCCAGUGCUUGUGCCAGCCAGUCAGUCUGUGCAGGGGGGGCUCCAGGCUGGGGGGGUCCCCAUCUACUACAGCGUCAUCCCCACUGCCCAGCAGAACGGCUCCAGCCCGUCCGUGGGGUUCCUGCAGCCUCCUGGCUCCGAGCAGUACCAGAUGCCACAGUCCCCAGCCCCCUGCAGCCCCCCCCAGAUGCAGGUCCCCACGGAGGUGUCUCCUCACUCAGGUGACGGGCGGUACUCGCUGCUGGGCCAACCUCUGCAGUACAACCUGUCCCUCUGUCCCCCGCCACUGCUGCACAACCAGCCCGGCUACACGGCACACCAGGGGCAGACCGGGAUGAAACACGGGAACCGGAGCAAGAGACAGGCCCUCAAAUCGGCCUCCACCGACCUGGGCACCAGCGACGUAGGCAAGUGACCCCCUCAGGCAGUU